AUGCAGAUAUUAAUUUUGUGGUCACUAUUAGGACUACUUGUGACCAAAGUAAGUGUUGCUACUACAACUAUUUCAACACCAACAACCUUGUCUGGUGAUCAAACGUUUUCUGAUGAUAUCGUAAUUGAAUCAGGGGCUACUCUCGCAUUAGUAUCUGGUUCAUCAUAUUCCUUCAAUGGUAAUAUUGAUGUUAAAGGUUCUUUAGACAUCAUCGGUGAUUCAACAAACGGGUUAACUAGUCUACAAUUUGGUUCUACUACAACAAUUACAAACAGUGGUAACAUCAACAUUGAGAAUAUUAAAUCUGCAGGUUCUGCUAGUGAUUUUGUUAUUGCACCUGCAAGUAUUGAUAACUCUGGUACAUUUACUGUUUCACAAUUAAAUGCUGCCGCUACUGUACCAGGUACCAAUUUUACUUUAGCUCCAACUGGCUCCUUCAUUAAUACAGGUACAAUUGACUAUGAUACGGCUGGUAAAGGAGGCACUACAAAUGGAUUCCUUUACCUUGGUACUAUAACUAAUAAUGGUAUCAUUAAUUCUGGUGGAUUUUCAGCACUAACAUCUGAUGGACUUUAUAGCACUCAUAGUAGAUACAAAAUGAGAGGUAUUAUCUUCAAUAAUCCUAUUGAAGGUAAAGGUGUAGUUACUGGUAAUGCUGGAGCUACAAUUCUUCUUAACACAGAUAUUCUAGGAGGACAAACUUUUAGUAUCAACAAGGCUAUGUAUUUAAUUAAUCCAAAAAUUGUACCAAGUUCACUUAAAAUUGUAAAUUUUGUCUAUUCUGCAAUAGUAUUCUUAGGUAUAGAUUUUCAACAAUGGAUUAAUGAAAAUUUUGGUGCAGUGAAAGGCACCAUGCAAAUUAAUUAUGGGGUAGAUGGCCACCAGUACUGGUUUAAUUCAAGUUGUCCAUAUGGCUAUGUAACAAACCAAAUAUCUUUUAGUGUUGUGCCAUCUGAUCCUAAAUAUCAACUUGAUGGUACCUUCGUAUUAAUUACUCAACAAUUGAGCGGUAACCAAUGUACAUGGUUAUCUGAACCAGUUAUUAAGACAACAACAGUUACCACUGUAGAUUCUAUUACUAAAGCUACCACUAUUUCAACUUUAACAAUAUCUACGACUAACCAGUAUUUCUAUACUGUGCCUGAAUUCAUUUAUGAAGUUGCUGUACCUGCAUUAUCUACUACCUACACUACUCUUACUACAUCGAUUACCACCCCUACUACAUCAAUAUAUACCACAACUGUUACCGACACAGAAGGAUCUGUCACCGAAGAAGUUGUAGUUGUUGUCCAAACACCACCAUUAUCUACAUCCUACACAACUAUAACAUAUCCUGUUACUGCCCCAACCUCAUCCACAUUCACGGCAACUGUUACCGAUACAGCUGGAUCUAAAACUGAAAAAGUUGUUGUUAUUGUUCUCACCCCACCUCCAUCCACUUCCUACACCACUAUUACUAGUCGAUUCGCAUUUCCAAAAACAUCUACCUAUACCACCACACUUGUUGACAACAAUGGUUCUUCAUCCCCAGAAGUUGUUGUGGUUGUUGUCACCCCGCCUCCACUCACUAUCCACACCUCUACUACUUCGGACAUCGAGGAACCAACUAGUACUACCUACACUACCACAGUUCUUGAUAUCCAAGGCUCUCCAUCUCCAGAAGUUGUUGUGGUUUAUAUCAACCCAUCUCGAUCUACUUCUUACACCAUUUCUACUGCAGAUGUUACAGAACCAACCACAUCUACUUACACCACCACAAUCACUGAUAGCAACGGAUCUUUAACUAGUGAGGUUGUUAUUCUUGUGAUUACACCAACGCCAUCUACUACUUACACUACUACUACCGCAGAUAUUGCAGAACUAACAACCACCACGUACACUACAACGUAUAUUGAUGGUGACGCUUCUUCAACUGCUGAGAUUGUUGUUGUAGUGAUUACUCCAUUGUCACCCACCAUCUACACAACUACUACUGCAGAUGUCACAAAACUAACUACAACUACAUACACCACUAAGGUUACUGAUAGCAACGGGUCUUCAUUUUCAGAGGUUGUUGUUGUAGUUGUCACUCCAUCCCCAUCUACUUCCUACACUACUAUUACUGCGGAUAUUUCUGCCCCAACUACAACUACUUACACCACUACUAGCACAGACAGUAACGGCUCUUUAUCCCCAGAGGUUGUUAUUAUAGUGAUUACACCGUCUCCAUCUACCUCCUACACUACCACCACUGCGGAUGUUUCUGCUCCAAUCACAACUACUUACACUACUACCAUCACAGAAAGCAAUGGCUCUUCAUCCCCAGAGGUUGUUGUUGUUGUGGUUACUCCAGCUCCAUCUACUAUCUACACCACUACCACAGGUCCAGUUUCUGCCCCAACCACAACUACUUACACUACUACAGUUGUUGAUAGCAAUGGGUCUUUAUCCCCAGAGGUUGUUGUUGUAGUGAUUACACCGUCUCCAUCUACCUCCUACACUACCACCACUGCGGAUGUUUCUGCUCCAAUCACAACUACUUACACUACUACCAUCACAGAAAGCAAUGGCUCUUCAUCCCCAGAGGUUGUUGUUGUUGUGGUUACUCCAGCUCCAUCUACUAUCUACACUACAACUACAGGUCCAGUUUCUGCCCCAACCACAACUACUUACACAACCACUGUUACUGACAGCAAUGGCUCUUCCUCUCCAGAGGUUGUUGUUGUUGUGAUCACUCCAGCUCCAUCUACCUUCUAUACGACCACUACUGGGGAUGUCUCUGCCUUGACCACAUCUACCUUCACCACCACUAUUACUAACAGCAAUGGCUCUUCCUCUCCAGAGGUUGUUGUUGUUGUGAUCACUCCAGCUCCAUCUACCUUCUAUACGACCACUACUGCGGAUGUUUCUGCUCCAACUACAACCACCUACACAACCACUGUUACUGAUAGCAAUGGCUCUUCCUCUCCAGAGGUUGUUGUUGUUGUGAUCACCCCAUCUCCAAGUGGCCCAACUAUCUACACCACUACUACUGGGGAUGUCUCUGCCUUGACCACAUCUACCUUCACCACCACUGUUACUGAUAGCAAUGGCUCUUCCUCUCCAGAGGUUGUUGUUGUUGUGAUCACUCCAGCUCCAUCUACCUUCUAUACGACCACUACUGGGGAUGUCUCUGCCUUGACCACAUCUACCUUCACCACCACUAUUACUAACAGCAAUGGCUCUUCCUCUCCAGAGGUUGUUGUUGUUGUGAUCACCCCAUCUCCAAGUGGCCCAACUAUCUACACCACUACUACUGGGGAUGUCUCUGCCUUGACCACAUCUACCUUCACCACCACUGUUACUGAUAGCAAUGGCUCUUCCUCUCCAGAGGUUGUUGUUGUUGUGAUCACUCCAGCUCCAUCUACCUUCUAUACGACCACUACUGGGGAUGUCUCUGCCUUGACCACAUCUACCUUCACCACCACUAUUACUAACAGCAAUGGCUCUUCCUCUCCAGAGGUUGUUGUUGUUGUGAUCACUCCAGCUCCAUCUACCUUCUAUACGACCACUACUGCGGAUGUUUCUGCUCCAACUACAACCACCUACACAACCACUGUUACUGAUAGCAAUGGCUCUUCCUCUCCAGAGGUUGUUGUUGUUGUGAUCACUCCAGCUCCAAGUGGCCCAACUAUCUACACUACUACUACUGCGGAUGUUUCUGCUCCAACUACAACCACCUUCACCACCACUGUUACUGAUAGCAAUGGCUCUUCCUCUCCAGAAGUUGUUGUUGUUGUGAUCACUCCAUCUCCAAGUGGCCCAACUAUCUACACCACUACUACUGGGGAUGUCUCUGCUCCAACUACAACCACCUACACAACCACUGUUACUGAUAGCAAUGGCUCUUCCUCUCCAGAGGUUGUUGUUGUUGUGAUCACCCCAUCUCCAAGUGGCCCAACUAUCUACACCACUACUACUGGGGAUGUCUCUGCCUUGACCACAUCUACCUUCACCACCACUGUUACUGAUAGCAAUGGCUCUUCCUCUCCAGAGGUUGUUGUUGUUGUGAUCACUCCAGCUCCAAGUGGCCCAACUAUCUACACUACUACUACUGCGGAUGUUUCUGCCUUGACCACAUCUACCUUCACCACCACUAUUACUAACAGCAAUGGCUCUUUAUCCCCAGAGGUUGUUGUUGUUGUAAUCACCCCAUCUCCAAGUGGCCCAACUAUCUACAUCACUACUACUGCGGAUGUUUUUACUCCAAUCACAUCUACCUUCACCACCACUAUUACUAACAGCAAUGGCUCUUUAUCCCCAGAGGUUGUUGUUGUUGUGGUUACUCCAGCUCCAUCUACUAUCUACACCACUACUACUGUGGAUAUUUCUUCUCCAAUCACAACUACUUACACCACUACCAUCACAGACAGUAACGGCUCUUCAUCCGCUGAAGUUGUUGUAGUAGUGAUCACCCCAUCUCCAUUUAAUAGCUUUAUAACAUCAUCAAUUUCUGUACCAUCUCCUCUCUACGGAAAUUCCACAAUUUCUGGUGAAAAAACUGAACCUAUUUUGACUGACACUUUAGUUGUUUUGACUACAGUUGUUAAUGGAGUUACUAUGACUACAACUUAUUGUCCAGAACCAUCUGCAACUUCUGAAACAGGUAUGACUGCGAUCAUUGGACACAGUUCUAUUGAAUCUGUUUAUACUGAUUCAAGGAACCAACAAGAAGAGACUAACUCAUUUACUACUGCUACAAAUGUGACUCCAGUUAUUUCUAUUGCUUCUACCACCACGGGUCUAGCAUUUACCAAUGGUGAAAAUCACCCAACAUCUAGAAACUCUAGAACAUCUACCACUGUAAUCGGUAAUAAUGAGUCUAGAAGAUCAGAAACAUCGAUGCCUUCAAUGGUGCCGCAAGUUUCCCAAUAUGUUUCUGAACAACCAUCCUCAUCAUCAAUUGCUAUCACAGUACCUCAUGAAGGCGUACCUUCUCUUGUAUCAUAUGAAGGUAAAGGUAGCACCAUGUAUAUGAUGAAGUGGAGUGUUGCCCAUUGCAUUGGUUUAUUAUUAUUCAUGGUAAUUUAA